CCCCCCCUCCCCGCGCCGGGAGAUGUGAUGAGGGACCCAGAGCGGUUCCUGAGGAGGCUGCCCACCUCUCCGUCCUGGAUGUGGCCGGUGGAUCCAGGACCCUACAGCUGACACAGUGACAAAGUUUGCCGAGCGUGGAGGUGGGGUAGGUGCGUAACCCACAGGAAGGAGACAUGGAGAGAACGGCCGAGACGUACGUGAACCGCAACGAGGAAGAUGAGAUGGAGAUCUCUGGCUACAGCCCCUGCUGCUGGAAACUGGUGCUGGUCUUGCUCGGCACAAUCUGCAGCGGGGGCUUCCUCCUCCUCUUCCUCUACUGGCUGCCAGAGCUGAGUGUGAAGUGGACCUGUCGUGCUGUGCCGCUGCGGGAUGCCCGGGUCGUGCUGCUGCAGACCACGGACGAGUUCCAGACUUGGUCCUGGGUCCGGGUGCGUUCCCUCUUUGCUCCCGGAUCCCAGCCCCUGGGCUUCCCACAGCUGUCGGAGAGCAAGAGGCCCUUGUGCCAGGCCAGCCAGCUGGAGGACUGGGAGGGCCAGGAGGGGCUUCUUUCCCAGCUGGCCAGUGGAGAGCUGGCAGAGAUCCGCUUCUUCGUCCACCACCACAUGCGCUACCUCUGGAGUGCCGAGUCCCAGUCUUUCCAGCGGCUGACAGCCCUGGAUCUGGGGCUGCCCUGUGCCUCCUUGCACACCCUCCAUGGGGCCGGUCUCCCGCGGAGCACCCAGGACUACAGGAGGCUUUUUUAUGGAGCCAACCAAAUCGACGUGCAAGUGCCUUCCGUCCCCAAGCUCCUCAUCAAGGAAGUGCUGAACCCCUUCUACAUUUUCCAAGUCUUCAGCAUGGUGCUGUGGUCCCUCGACGAUUAUUACUUGUACGCCUCGGCCAUCCUCUUCAUGUCUCUUGUGUCCAUUAGCUGCUCCCUCUACACUCUCCGGAAGCAAUACAUCCUUCUGCACGACAUGGUUGCCGCUCACAACAUCAUCCGUGUGACCGUGUAUCGGGGGCCCCAUGAGACGGAGGAGAUCUUCUCCACAGAGCUGGUGCCAGGGGACGUGCUGCUGGUGCCUCCGGGAGGGCUCAUGCUCCCGUGUGAUGCGGUGCUUCUGAACGGCACAGCCAUCGUCAACGAGAGCAUGCUCACUGGUGAGAGCGUCCCGGUCACCAAGACAGCUCUGCCGAAAACAACCCAAAGCGCCAACGGGCUACUCCGGGAUCCGGUGUACAGUCCAGAAGAGCACAAGCGGCACACACUCUUCUGCGGCACUUGCGUCAUCCAGACGCGGUACUACUCUGGGGAAGCGGUGCGGGCUCUGGUCAUCCGGACAGGUUUCUCCAGUUCAAAGGGGCAGCUGGUUUGCUCUAUCUUGUUCCCAAAGCCGACCGAUUUCCGCCUGUACAGGGAUGCCUGCAGGUUCCUCCUCUGCCUGGUGGGAGUCGCUGGGCUUGGAAUGUUGUACUCGGUGAUCCGCAGCAUUCAGCAGGGGGAGAGAGUGGGCCGCAUCAUCCUGGAAUCCCUUGACAUUUUAACCAUCACUGUGCCGCCAGCGCUACCCGCAGCCAUGACAGCAGGGGUGGUGUACGCCCAGCGGCGCCUACGCGGGAAGCAGAUCUUCUCUAUUAGCCCUCAGCGCAUCAACAUUUGUGGCCAGCUGAACUUGAUGUGCUUUGAUAAGACGGGGACCCUGACCGAGGAUGGGCUGGACCUCUGGGGUUUUGUACAAGCACAGAAUGGCAGCUUCCUCCCAGUAGGGCAGGACGUCCGUGCCCCUGGUCUGUCCGGCUCUCCCUUGGUUGCUGCCAUGGCUUCCUGCCACUCUCUCACCACUAUUGGAGGGCGUCUCUCAGGGGACCCCCUCGACCUCAAGAUGUUUGAAGCCACUGGAUGGGUGUUGGAAGAGCCCACUCAGGAAGAGACAGCUCUGCAUGACCAAAUCCAGCCCACCGUUGUCCACCCUCCUGACCAGACCCCUCCAGAAAUCCCGGAGGGAGCAUCUGAGGAUGAGGAGCUCAUGGAAUUGAUGAAACUCUACCAGAUUGGCAUCUUGAUGCAGUUCCCCUUCUCCUCGAGCUUGCAGCGCAUGAGCGUUGUGACGCGUACCCUGGGGGAGAAGAAGCUGGUAGCCUAUAUGAAGGGGGCUCCAGAGACUGUGGGCAGCCUCUGCCGCAAGGAGACGGUUCCAGACAAUUUCUCGGUUGUGCUGGAGUCGUACGCCCAGCAGGGCCUGAGGGUCAUCGCCCUGGCGAGCCGGCGGCUGGAGAACAAGCAUACCUGGCACAAGGUCCAGCAUGUGAGCAGGGACAUCAUUGAGUGCCACAUGGAGUUCUUGGGGCUUGUCAUGCUGCAGAAUAAGCUGAAGGCAGAGACGGUGCCCGUCUUGGCGGAGCUGCGCAGGGCGUGCAUUCGUCCAGUCAUGGUGACAGGAGACAACUUGCUGACUGCUGUCUCUGUGGGCCGGGAGUGCGGCAUCAUCCCAGCCAAGGGGAAGGUGAUUUUGACUGAAGCCCUGCCCCCCAGGGAUGGGCAGCCAGCCACCAUCAACUGGCAAUACGCAGAUGAGCUGCCUGCGGCCGAAGUCAUGGAGAAGGCAAGCAAGGAGGAGAUCAAACUCAUGCUGGAUGAGGAAGAACCUCCCCCGGCAACCCGGCAAAAUAUUGCAGAUACCAGUUACCACUUUGCUAUUGGUGGGAAAUCCUUUGCGGUCAUCUUGGAUCACUUCCCUGAUCUGUUAUCCAAGCUGCUGCUUUGUGGCACAGUGUACGCCCGCAUGGCCCCGGACCAAAAGACGCAGCUCAUAGAAGCCCUGCAGCAGAUGGACUACUAUGUGGGCAUGUGUGGGGAUGGAGCCAAUGACUGUGGGGCUUUGAAACGGGCUCAUGCCGGCAUCUCCCUUUCUGAGCUGGAGGCUUCCGUGGCUUCUCCCUUCACCUCAAAGACACCAAACAUAUCUUGCGUCCCAGACCUCAUCCGGGAAGGCCGUGCCGCCCUCGUGACCUCCUUCUGCGUCUUCAAGUUUAUGGCUCUGUACAGCAUCAUCCAGUAUCUCAGCGUCCUUCUUCUCUACUCUAUUAUGAGCAACCUGGGAGACGUGCAGUACCUCUUCAUUGACGUGGCCAUCAUCCUGUCUCUGGCUUUCACCAUGAGUCUGAACAGCGCCUGGCCUGAACUGGUCCCCCAGCGGCCGCCCACCGGCCUAGUGUCUCCUCAGCUCCUGCUCUCUGUGCUCACCCAGAUCCUUCUGUCGAUGGGCUUCCAGGUGGGGGCUUUUCUCCUCGUCCAGGGACAGCCAUGGUACCGCCACAAGGAGGACUGGCACUGCGGCCUCGUGGCCAACCUCACACUGGAUUCCAACAGCACGCCCCCCAGGAAUGUCACGGCAGGGCUGGAUCCCGAGGAGGAAGGGGACGACGCCACCUCCGUGCGCAGCUUUGAGAACACCACCCUCUUCUACGUCUCCUGCUUCCAGUACGUGGCGGUGGCGCUGGCCUUUGCCAAGGGUCGGCCCUUCCGACAGCCCACUCAUACCAAUGGUUUAUUUCUGGCCUCCCUGGUGGCCAUUUCCAGCUUCCUGUUGCUGCUUCUGCUGUGGCCGAUCCCUGCCCUGGAUGAGUUCCUGGAGCUGGACUGCAUCCCUUACGAGUGGAGACUGAUACUGCUGGUUUUGACGCUGAGCAACCUGCUGCUCUCCCUGUCCCUGGAGAACUUUGUCUGCGACUGUGACAUCCUGUGGCAACGGGUCUGCUACACGCAGCGGAAGUACGAACACCCGAACCAGGCCCCUUACCCUCAGCUGCAGCUGGAUGAAAUGGCCCCCGGCUACUCCUGCCGCCUGCACCCUCGCCCCCAGGCUAAGUACAAGCGCCUGGCCCAGGAGCUUCUCUUUGACCCCGACUGGCCUCCUCAGCCCAAGACCAGCACCAAGGCCCAGCUGCCCCCUGCUGAGAGCACCGCCUAGAGGCAGGCCCAGGCCCACGCUGCCCCAGGAAGGCUGCAGAAG